GUGAGCUCAGAGCCUUUAUCUCAUUGGUGGCACCUGCCAAGGCAGGAAAGGAACGCCUGGCCAUUUGGAGAGUGCUGGAUGGUGAUACAAUGGCAACUAUAAAUGUCAGCCGGGCUGGCUGAGGGUGGCCAGGAAAGGACAAAGGCGACUGCAGCAGAAGAGGGUCACCUUCUGAGAUGGAGAAGUUCAAGGCUGCGAUGCUGUUGGCGAGUGUUGGCGAUGCGCUCGGCUAUGGAAAUGUCUGCAGGGAGAACAGCGUCUUAGGCUCAAUCCAGGAGGAGCUGCAAAAAGCCGGGGGACUGGACAGCCUUGUGCUCUCGCCUGGAAAGUGGCCAGUGAGUGACAACACCAUCAUGCACAUGGCGACUGCCGAAGCCCUUACCACAGACUUCUGGUGCCUGGAUGACCUGUACCGUGAGAUGGUAAAGCACUACGUGGAGACGGUGGAGAAGCUUUCAGAGCAUCGGCCAGACCCUGCCACUAUCGAGGGCUGCUCCCAGCUGAAGCCAGAUAACUACCUCCUCGCCUGGCAUACGCCCUUCAGUGAAAAGGGUUCAGGAUUUGGAGCUGCCACUAAAGCGAUGUGCAUUGGAAUGAGGUACUGGAAGCCAGAACGGCUGGAGACCCUCAUUGAAGUCAGUAUUGAGUGUGGCAGAAUGACCCACAACCAUCCCACAGGUUUCCUUGGGUCUCUGUGCACUGCCUUGUUUGCCUCUUACGCAAUACAGGGAAAGCCACUGGUACAAUGGGGAAGAGAGAUGCUGAAGGCACUUCCGCUGGCUGAGGAUUACUGCCGGAAGACGAUCAGGCACAUGGCAGAGUACCAGGAGCACUGGUUUUACUUCGAAGCAAAGUGGCAGUUUUAUUUGGAGGAAAGAAAAAUCAGUGAGGACAGAGAGGACAAAGCCACCUUCCCUGACAACUAUAACGCAGAGGAGAGAGACAAGACCUACAAGAAGUGGAGCUCAGAGGGCCGAGGGGGACGGCGUGGCCAUGAUGCCCCCAUGAUAGCCUAUGAUGCCCUCCUUGCUGCAGGGAGCAACUGGACUGAGCUGUGCCAGAGGGCCAUGUUUCAUGGAGGUGAGAGCGGAGCCACAGGAACAAUCGCUGGCUGCCUGUUCGGGUUGCUGCACGGCCUGGCCACUGUUCCACAGGGCUUGUACCAGGAACUGGAGCACAAAGACAGACUAGAGGACUUGGGCACAGCCCUGCACCGCCUGUCCACAGAAGAAAAGUAAAGUGUUUCUGCCGUUUCCCCUCCUGGAGGGGGGUCCCGUAGCAUCCCCACGCAGGCUUAGAGCCUCCCUACGCAGGCUUAGAGCCUCCCCUAGGCCAGGGUAUGUGUGUGCAGUGUCCACGGGAGGAACGCACCCCUCAUGGGCUGUAAUACAAUUGGAACUUUCCCUUCAACAUCAGACAUACUUGCUAUAUAAAAUACAUGGU